AUGGACUUUGAUGGAUUGAAGAGGAUGGAGGGCUCUUUGGACAGUGACAUCAACCAAGAUUUUCAGGAUGCCAUUGAUGUGAUCCAGCGACACUCUAACAUACUGUAUUAUGAUACAGAGAACAAAUAUUAUGAGACUCUGGAAAGCCAGCAGCCGCCCCUGGCCCACAGCAUUGCCUGUUUCCAAUUCACAACCCUCCCUGAAGGAUCUGGACCCACUUACGAAUGGAGUGAUGCAUCUCCAUGGAACCACUCUACGCCAGACGUUUCUACAGGUCCUCUUAUUUGUGCCGAGCCACCACCGUUUUACCCAUCCUUAUCACAGCGGAGCGGAAAAGGCAGGAAGAAGCUACGACUCUAUGAGUACUUAUACGAGGCUCUGCAUGAUGCUAACAUGGUGGACUCCAUCCAGUGGACAGACAGCAGCAGCGGUGUCUUCCACUUCAUUUCCAAAAAUAAAGAGAAACUGGCCGAAUGCUGGGGUCAGCGCAAGGGCAACCGAAAAACCAUGACCUACCAGAAAAUGGCACGGGCCCUGCGCAACUACAGUCGGACAGGCGAGAUCGUCAAGGUGCGCCGUAAACUCACCUAUCAGUUCAACCCGGCAAUACUGCAGAGGCUGGGUGGCGGUCCCACAGUGGGGCUCGGAUCCCGCCCCUCAGCCAGGGAGCCAAUGCAGCAGUCAGGCAGCCCAUACACCAGCAUGCCCACUACACCAGCCUAUUAUGGUGCCGCUGCGCCCAAUGAAUGGCACAGCUGGUAUGGACAGUGCUCUUAUCAAGGGGAGUAUGACCUCACAACUGUUCUCACAGCAAGUGAAAGCCCCAAGACCUGUAUUCCAACACAGUGA